AUGUCUGACGAAUUACAGGAUCGCCACCAGGACGACUCAAUCAACCAUUCCGUCUUGGCGGACGAGAAGCAUGACCCUCUGGUCUCAACUGCCGAUGAUGACGGCUUUGGAGACCUCGGAGCAGCUAAUGACACCAAGGGCAGCGACAACGACAACGACAACGACAACGACAACAGCGACUUUGGCGACUUUGGCGACUUUGGGACAGCUGACGGCUUUGGCAACACAAAUGCUCACACCGGUGGCGGCGGUUUCGGCGACGACAACGAUGGAUUCGGUGAUUUUGGCGAGGUACAGUCGGCUGGCGACGGCAACGGGGAUGAUGAUUUUGGGGACUUUAACGACUUUGCAGGCGGCGAUGCCUUUCAGGACUCGGGCGAUUUUGGGGACUUUGAGGGCGCGGCCGACAACGACGCAUUCGGAGCUGCCCCUGAGCCCGCCGCUUCAGAAGUACCAGCACCAGCGUCAACUGAGGAGGCGCCCAUUGAGACAGCGCCGGAUUUCAAUGCCGUCAACUCUCGCCAGGUCGAAACUUACGUACUUGAGAAACUCUCUGCUCUAUACCCUAUCGACGAUGAUCUCGCAGACGAUACAUCUUCACCUCAGCUCCUGAAUCCAGAUCUUGACAACAUCGACGCCGCCUCCGUUCUUUCGGAUCAGGAUCUAUGGACCUCGCUUUGCGAACAGUCCUUCCAGGGCGGCGGCGACAACAACUCCCCAACGAGAUCGGCCGCUUCAGCUGCGCCCCAAUUUCAGUGGAAGUACUCCAAUUUGCGGAAAGAGUAUUACGCCUCAUUAGGAUUGGCCGUCGCAAAGGAGCAGCAGUCUACUCUGGAUCGAGAUCAUGAAGAAUACUGUGAAAACAGUGUCCACUAUCCUAACACUCAAUCUCGUUAUCCCAUGAUCAUGCAGACUAUGGCGGCCCCAACGUCUAUACCCAAUUCUCUGACAAGUCCAUCCUCCGCGAAAUCAAAGAUAUCAUCCCCAAUGAUUAUCAGCACAGAAUCCAUUCCGGAGCGUAAGCCCUUGGACAUAGAGGCCACCCACGCCUUUUGCCAGUUCACGAAAGAAAACUUGGGCGGCUACUCAGGCGAUGAGAUGAAGGAUAUCAUCGCUCAGUUGACCGAGCUUACCCGGCAUGCUUCUGAUGAACUCACGUACUGGCUGGACCAGCGAGAGCAGAUGAUCAUGGAUUCGGAACGCUACAACGAGAUGAUUGCCUCCCUUGUCGGACGCGCCGCCAAACUGAAGGACGCAGAGUCGAAGCAGAACACAAAAACAAAGCGCCUAACUAGGACUAGUUUCCACUUGAAAUAA